AUGAAACAACGCUUCUCCUCCCUCGACGUUCGCGUCAUCGCCCAUGAACUCUCACGUUCCCUCGUCACCCUCCGCCUCGCAAACGUCUACGAUCUCAGCUCCCGAAUCUUCCUCCUCAAAUUCGCCAAGCCCGACCAUCGCGAACAACUCAUCAUCGAUUCGGGUUUCCGAUGUCAUCUUACUGCUUUCUCCCGCGCCACGGCAGCCGCUCCGUCGGCUUUCGUCGCCCGUUUGAGGAAAUUCUUGAGGACGAGGAGGUGUACUGUCGUGAGGCAGAUCGGGACUGAUCGAGUGAUUGAGUUGGAAUUCUCGGAUGGAGCGUAUAGAUUGUUUUUGGAAUUUUAUGCUGGAGGCAAUAUUGUGCUUACGGACGGGGAAUUGACGAUUUUGGGGUUGCUGAGGAGUGUGAAUGAGGGUGCGGAACACGAGCAGUAUCGCCUUGGCGUGAAGUAUGGGCUCGAGCAGAGGCAGGGUAUUGAUGGCAUCCCGGCUUUGACGGGGCAAAGACUAAAAGAUGGGCUUCAGAAAGCGUUGGAAAGGCAACAAGAAGAUGCGCAGAAGGGGAGUAAGAAGGCGAAGAAGAAAGGAGGGAAUGUCCUGAGUAAGGCUUUGGCGGGGAGUAUGAGUGAGUUCCCGCCGGUUUUGAUCGAUCAUGCGCUGUACGUUGCGGGCAUUGAGAGGACGUUGGAGUUGGAGAAAGUGCUCGAGAGUGAUGGGCUGCAAGAGAAGAUCUUGGGAGCCUUGCAGCAGGCUGGAAAGAUUGUCGAGGAAAUCACGAAGGGUGAUGCGGCUAAGGGAUUUAUUCUUGCGAAGCGAAAUUUUUCGAGAGACGGUGACGCGACCAGACUUCCUGGCGAGAGUCAGGCAGUGAUGUACGACGACUUCCAUCCAUUCAAGCCCGCUCAGUUGGCAGACGACAACUCCACGGUCUUUCUCGAGCACGAGGGCUUCAACAAGACAGUUGAUGAGUUUUUCUCUUCUAUAGAAGGGCAGAAGUUGGAAUCGAGGUUGCAGGAGAGAGAAGACAAUGCGAAACGACGUAUCGAACAAGCACGACAAGAGCAAGAAAAGCGAAUAGAUGGAUUGCAGCAGGUACAAGAGCUGAACAUUCGUAAAGCCCAAGCCAUCGAGGCCAAUGUGGAACGUGUGGAAGAAGCCGUCGCCGCAGUCAACGGCUUGAUCGCCCAAGGAAUGGAUUGGGUUGACAUUGGACGCCUGAUUGAGAAUGAGCAAAGUCGACGUAAUCCGGUGGCUGAGAUGAUCGAGAUACCAUUGAAGCUGCAUGAGAACACCGUUACUUUGCUCCUGUCUGAGUUGGCCGAAGCCGAGGAAGAAGAGAUGAAUGAGACGGACAGCGAGGCCUCGGACAGUGAUGAAGAUUACCAGCAAGCACCCCAAACACAGGCUCAGGACAAGCGUCUCGCUAUCGACAUUGACCUUGGUGCGUCGGCCUGGUCAAAUGCGCGGCAAUAUUACGACCAGCGAAGAACAGCAGCCGUCAAACAAGAGAAGACCGCACAAGCUUCGCAGAAAGCGCUGAGAUCAACUGAGCAAAAAGUCAUGUCGGAUCUCAAGAAGGGUCUGAAGCAGGAGAAAGACAUUUUGAGACCCGUGCGAAAACAGUUCUGGUUCGAAAAGUUUAUUUACUUCGUCUCUUCCGACGGGUAUCUUGUUCUUGCUGGUAAGGAUGCUCAGCAGAAUGAGAUCUUGUACCGAAGGUACCUGAGGAAGGGAGACGUGUACGUACACGCGGAUAUGCAUGGUGCUGCCAGUAUCAUUAUCAAAAACAAUCCGUCUACACCGGAGGCGCCAAUACCUCCUUCGACGCUCUCGCAAGCCGGUAACCUUGCCGUGUGCACGAGUACUGCGUGGGAUAGCAAGGCUGUUAUGUCGGCUUGGUGGGUCAAUGCCGAUCAAGUCUCGAAGACUGCUCCCACGGGAGAGUAUCUGACGACUGGAGGCUUCACUGUCCGUGGGAAGAAGAACUUCCUGCCGCCCGCGCAGCUUUUGCUCGGAUUUGGCAUCGUGUUUCAGAUCAGUGAGGAGAGCAAAGCGCGGCAUGUAAAGCAUAGACUACAAGAGCGGCCAGCAGACUCUCUAGCUACGCCAGAGCUGACGAGUGGGACGUCGGGUACGGACGAAGGCAACGAUGACCAGGAAAGUGAAGAUGACGAAUUUCCAGACGCUGAAGCUGCGCCACGGGCCGAAGAGGAUGAUGAUGAUGAUGAGUUUCCGGAUGCACAAACACCGCAAGACGAGAUGACAGACGAUGAGUCGCCUGAAGCGCAAGGAGAGGAGGGCUUGCAUGGAGAUGAAGAGCGGGAGUAUCGAUUCGGGCAGAGCAACCCGCUGCAAAUGAAUGGGGCUGCAUCCGGCGCUCAGCAGCCAAGGCAUGAGGAGACUGCAGAGGAAGAUGAGGAUGGAGAGGACGAAGGCGAAACUGGAGACGAAGAGGACCGGAAGUCGGCAAACAAAGUCGAGAAUGGGGACGAUGAGUCUAAACAUACUCCCGAGAAGGGCGAGGCUCCAGCUGAUGCUGAAGACGGAGGAGAUCAACCCACUGAGGACGCCCCUCAGCUCACAAAUAAGGAGCGAAGAAUGGCCAAUCGUCUCGCAUUGGGCAAGCCUAUUCAUAACGAACAGAAGGUCAAGCCUUCCAAGGGCGCUCGUGGUAGAAAGGGCAAGAACAAGAAGAUCGCACAAAAGUACGCCGAUCAGGACGAAGAGGACCGCCAGCUGGCAAUGAAGCUACUCGGCUCAAAAGCAGGCGAAGAUAGAAGACAACAAGCCGCAGAAGGGAAAGCGGAGCAAAAAGAAUCCGCCGAAGAAGCUCGAGCUCGCCGGCGAGCACAACACGAAAAGGCCCAGAAGGAAGGUCUGGAAGCCGAAGAGAUUCGUCGACUCAAUCUGGAAGAAGGCGUCGAAAGUUUGAACGAGGAAGAAUCCAGCGAGCUAACCCAGAUCGACUCCUUGGUCGGCACACCUCUCCCCGGCGACGAGAUUCUCGAAGCGAUCCCCAUCUGCGCUCCCUGGGGCUCCUUGACCAAGUACAAAUACAAGGCCAAGAUGCAGCCUGGACAGCAGAAGAAGGGCAAGGCUACGCGGGAGAUCCUGGGCAAGUGGACCAAAGACGCAAGUGAUUCGAAAACAAUUGAUCAUCAGAGCCAGGAUUCGGAGAGAAUCUGGCCGAGAGAGGCGGAAUUGAUCAAGGGGUUGAAGGAGGCAGAGGUUGUGGGUGUGAUUCCUGUCAGAAAUGUUAGGGUUAUGAUGGGUGGUGGUGGUGCGGAGAAAGGGAAGGGCGGCGGAGGGAAAGGGAGAGGUGGGAGAGGGGGAAGGGGUGGAAAGAGGAAGUGA